AGAUGGAAGAGGUGUUUGCAAACAAGGAGAAGGUGCAGAAGGAGGUGAAGGCCGUCCUGACAGAGAACGCCACCCUGAGCUGUGAGGUGGCCCAGGCCAAGACUGAAGUGAAAUGGUACAAGGACGGGAAACUGAUCAACUCCAGCAAGAAAUUCAAGGUGGAGUCUGAGCGCAAAUCCCGGCAUCUAGUUGUGGAGCAGGUGGAGAAGAAAGAUGCUGGAGAGUACACCUGUGAGGCUGCGGGCCAGAAACUGACCUUCAAGAUUGUUGUCACAG